AUGCAAGCACUCACAGCAAACCUGCUAAUUGCCUCUCGACUAGUGAACUACGUCUUAAAAAAAUACCGUGCAGGUGGGAUCCCUUCACUAUCAGUCAAUGAGAUCCUAGUUAAAGUGUCCUCUGUCACCCUCAGUCCAACCGACUUUAAACACAUUGAUGUCGUUGCUCCUCGAGGGACUAUUAUCGGGUGUGACUAUGCUGGCAAGGUCGCCAAAGUUGGGCACAGUGCGCCCGGAAACUGGAAAACUGGCGAUCGAGUAGCCGGAUGGAUUCCUGGCGACUUGCCUGGAGGGUCGCCGGCAACCAUUUCCGAUGAAGAAGCAAGCACCUAUGGGGUAUCUGCUGUUACCGCCAUGCUCGCCCUAAAUACCCGUCUAGCUGUUCCUUGGAUAGAUAGGAGCAUCGAGGGAGCGCAACAAGGCCUCUCAAUGCUGAUCUAUGCUCCAUAUCCACAGAUACUUUUUUAGAACUAUACACGGAUGUGAAUAUACAUACCUGCCGUAAUUCGACCUAACCAGUUUCUAAACCCAGCGAAAAUCGGAUCAACAAUCGAUGGAUCUUUGUAAUCGUGCAGAUAGCAAGUGAGUCCAAUGCUGUGCUUGGUCGGCAUGAGGAGCUCGUUCGCGGAUUCGGCAAAUUUUGGGGCCGACAACGUGGGUCUGUCCCGACAAGCCGCUAUAGCCUGGGCCGGACAGGAAAACUGGGGUGCAAGUAUCGAUGGGUGGGUUUUUGUCGGAGAGCGGCAUCGGGGAG